UGCCGACUCGGGGGAGUGUGGGGUUUAAUAGCAUCAUUCUCUUCCCUUUUUCUCUCUCUUUCGCAGAAGCCGAAACACCAAGCGCAUACAAAAGACGGAGGAGAGUCUGGAGAGAAUAGAAAGGUCAAAUCUUGGAGCUCUGUUGACUCAAUUACGGAGGUGUCAUGGCGGAAGCGUUGAUCUCCAACCCGGAAGCCAAUACUCAGGAAAAUGGUCCCUACUCGGCUUCGCCGGACCCGUCUUCAACUGGGUCCUUCUUCCACAGAAGAAUCGAGUUUCAUCUCGCAAGAAAGCCUUUCUCCGGCUUCACUAACGGCGGCGGAGGUUUUCGACUAGAGACUCUGAACCCCACCACGGAUCCGAAGCGGCCCGGUCACAGUACGGGUCCGGCGGCUUCGAAUGGGAAGAAGCAAGAUGGGUCUGAUCAUGUGGAGAACGGGUUGGAUCCGGAGCUCAGUAUUGGGAUCACAUUUAGGAGAAUUGGUGCUGGUUUGGAAAAUCUGGGAAAUACCUGUUAUCUUAAUUCAGUAUUGCAAUGCCUGACUUAUACAGAGCCUUUAGCAGCAUAUUUGCAAAGUGGAAAGCAUCAAAAUUCUUGUCGUAUUGCUGGAUUUUGUGCUUUAUGUGCUAUCCAGAAGCAUGUCAGCCGUGCUCUUCAGUCAACUGGAAGAAUAUUAGUACCCAAGGAUCUUGUCUCUAACUUACGGUGCAUAUCUCGUAACUUCAGAAAUGCGAGACAGGAGGAUGCACAUGAGUAUAUGGUACAUUUGCUUGAAACAAUGCACAAAUGUUGCUUACCUUCAGGUGUGCCAAGUGAAUCCCCUAGUGCUUAUGAGAAAAGUUUGGUGCACAAGAUCUUUGGUGGUCUCCUUCGUAGUCAGGUGAAAUGCAUGCAGUGCUCCUACUGCUCCAACAAAUUUGAUCCAUUUCUAGAUUUGAGUCUUGAAAUCUUCAAAGCAGAUUCCUUGCAUAAGGCCCUUGUGCACUUCACAGCAACAGAACAAUUAGAUGGUGGUGAGAGACAGUACCAAUGUCAGCGGUGCAAACAGAAAGUUAAGGCUCUUAAACAGCUCACAGUUCACAAGGCACCUUAUGUUCUGACCAUCCAUCUAAAGCGGUUUGGUGCACAUGAUCCUGGACAAAAGAUUGACAAGAAAGUUCAUUUUGGUCCUACAAUGGACUUAAAACCUUUUGUCAGUGGUUCCUAUGAAGAAAAUUUGAAGUAUACUCUUUAUGGGGUUUUGGUCCAUGCCGGUUGGAGCACCCAUUCUGGCCACUACUACUGCUUUGUUCGCACUUCAACUGGCAUGUGGUACUCCCUUGAUGACAAUCGGGUUGUCCAGGUUAGUGAGAGGACUGUUUUGGAUCAGAAGGCCUACAUGUUGUUUUAUGUUCGUGAUAGAAAAAACUUCACUCCAAAGAAAUCCAUUGAUGUUGUUCAGAAACAAAACUUGGUUGUGAGUGCCAUAGCAAAGAAAACAUGUUCCAGUAUAAGUCAAGGUAUAAAGGAAACCAUUCAAAAUCGACCAGUCGAGAAAAGUUUAAGUGGUGCCGUUGCUUCUGCUACUGUAACCACAAAUGAUGUAUCUAAUGUUGGCUUGUCAAAGGAGAUUCUAUCAAAAGAAGCAUCAGCUCCAAAAAGUAGCAGGUUCUCAUCUGAAUGCUUGGCAUUGAAAAAUGGUCCCAUGUCUGAACCUCCACCUAAUGUAGCAUUAUCAAAACAGCGAGUGAAGGAGCCUUCUGUUCUGAACCCUACUCUGGAGAAAUCCAUGCCACCAUCAGCUCCAUCUGUUAAGGGAAGUGGUAUCACCAAUCUUGACAAUGCUGUUGCAGCUUCAACUGGUGCCAAAUUUAAUGUGCGCAGUGAGGAUGAAAUUUCUAAGAAAGAUCAGGGCAUCUUAGAUGUCAUACAAGCCAACUGCCUCGGUUCCCAUAAUUCUGCUGCCGAUAAGCCUGACUCAGAGAAGACCUCUCCGAAGGCAAUUGGAAAUUCCAUUCCCUUUGCGGUUGGUAUUAUUUCAAAUGCAAAUGGAACAUUGGAGAAAAUAGAACCUGUUAAGUUGCCAAAUGGUCCUGGUGGUGAAAGUUUUCAGGUUGGUAGUAUACCCAAAGGGAGUGCUGCUGGUGACUUACUUAUUGAAAAGGUUGAUGAUGGUGGCCAGAAAUUAUCAACCAAGUCAGUAGAAUUUUCUAGCCCGCCAAGCAUGAUGAAUGGAUCUAUCCACAUGAAAACACUUGAUUGCAAGCCUCACAGAAAAUUAAAAAAGAAGCACAUGAAGAGAAGCAUGCAUCUUGUCUCAAACAACCUCUUCCGAGCAUCCUUGAGCCUGCGAAAGAAGAAAAAGCAGAGAAGGAGCAAACGGCACACUUCUGACAUCAAGAAUCUCACUCAAGAACGCUUACUGGAAGCAGGUUGUUUAUCUAUUGAUCAGGGCCCAUCCACAUCUGAUAAAACCCAGACAAUUUCUGUGGGUCCAACUAAUCCUCAGGGAAAAAGGGUUAAGCAUGGUACCAAAAAGGGAGAUAAGAGAACUGCUGGGAAGGAUGUAAAAACCUCUAAUAGUGAAUGUCUGAUAGAUACCAUGGAUAUGGAGAUCAGAGACAGAAUUGGUCAGGAGGGAGCAAUGCUUGCAACAGAUAAAGAACCACAAAAGAGCUCUAGCUCAGUUGCAAAACAGUGGGAUGCACAAGGUUCUGAUAGUUUAAAUGAUAGUAAGAGAGAUCGGAUGCAGAAUGGAUUGAUGAGUAUGCUUACCAGAGGUCUAGACAAGACAAUUGUUGCUCGGUGGGAUGAGAUAGAAUGGCCUUCAAACCGGGUUAUGGAAUCAAGAAGUGUGGAGGGUGUAACCAUCGGUUAUGUACCAGAUGAAUGGGACGAAGAAUAUGAUCGGGGCAAGAGAAAGAAAGUAAGGAGCUCCAAAGGUAGCUUUGGUGAACCUAAUCCUUUUCAAGAAAUUGCGACCAAGAAGGCACAUUUUAAAAAGGCAAAGAUGGAUCGGUCCAGCUCCAGAAACCAACCACUCAGGAUGUGAAGAAAUGAAAUAUACAUGAAUGGGUGAGGAAGCUUGACCUGUUUCCCUGACCAUUGCAAUGCUGUGCUGAUCUGAGCUGAUAUUUUAACAGAGAAGUACUCAGAAAUAAACUGAAUUCGAGCAUUUUUGUUUUCCCAUUUACAAUAUAUAUUUUUUAUUUUUUUGUCUUUCUUCUCUUAGAAGAAAGUUUUGUUGUUUGGUCUGGUAAGGAAGUUAUUGAACUGGUAAUUGACCUUUAUUAAAUUACGGUUCAUCAUGUUUGAAGACUUUUAGCUGAAAGAGCUACUUUGUUGUUAAGGGAGUGUAUCAAUCGCAACACUUUUAACAGGAGUGUAUUCUGUUGGUUGGCUUACAACCACAUAUUUCUUUCCUUUAAUCAAUUGCUUGUUACCUUA